AUGUCGGCUGAGACUGAUAUUGAGGUGGUAUCAGCUGAGGAUCUCGAAGGAUCAAGAAGUAGCUCAACACCGGCGGACAUGUUGCUGCAGGAGAGGAGUAAUGGUAAAGCUGGAUGUGGUAUUGGCAGCCAUCCGUUCAGUUUUGACGUUGGAAAAGCUGCGCUGAGACCAGCCUGCAAUCCCCAGUACACGUCAUUCAGUAUAUCGAGUAUACUGGGUAGACCGGAAUCACCGACAGCCGAUGCGACUGCCGCUGUGUCGAUUGAACGACAGUCCGAUGGUGACAGGGCAUCACCACCAGCAGCGACAACGUCGCAGAGACUUGGUAUGUCGCAUAGUUCGUCGCCGUCGGAGAGCAGAAUGAUAUCGCCUACUUCGUUGAUACUUCCGGGGGGACAGAGGUCACCUAUUAGUCGGGGUAAUGAGACGAGGGGUAAUCCCGGUGCAAUUCCUUGGGCAACGAGUGCUACUAGUCCUCCAGCUGGUUUUGCACAGGCUGGAGAUCCUGUUAAUUCGUUGAUGGGACAUCAGGCGUUGUUAGCUAGAUUAGCGCAGUUGUAUCCAAUACCUGGUAGUUUCUUCUCAUCAUCGGCGCAGUUACAAUAUCAUCUUCAACAGCAGACGCAUCAUGCGCGACUGCCGACGGUUGGAUGUCAGUCGGAGGCAGCAAAGGCCGACGGCAUUCGCGGACUCCUCGGCAAUGGAGGCUGGCCGUUUCCAUGGACGCACGGUUUACAGAGCUUAGAGCAUCAUUCCCAGAGUGAUGUAGGGUCACUCAGCCGUGUCAGUCCACCCACUGGAUCCUAUCUCAAACGAGAGGAAUUGGACGACGACAAUCCCGCUGACGAUCGUCUUCACAGUGGUGGAAGGAGUCCAUCAAGUGGUGACGAGGGUCACGAUGAUCUCGGUGAUGUGGACGACGGGCCCGAUGGUGAUGGUGAUGGAGAGUCACCGGGUGGUGGCCACUCGUCAACCGGUGGAAGUGGUAGUGGCAGUCAGAGUGUUCAAGUCAAUGUCAACGACAACAACAAUGUCAAGAGGAAAAAAAAGACGCGAACGGUGUUCUCGAGAUCUCAGGUCUAUCAGCUUGAGCACACGUUUGAGUGUAAGCGUUACUUGUCAUCAUCAGAACGCGCCUCAUUAGCUGGACAACUGAGACUGACUGAGACCCAAGUGAAGAUAUGGUUUCAAAAUCGAAGGAACAAGUGGAAACGUCAAUUGGCAGCCGAAUUGGAAGCAGCCAAUAUGGCGCAUGCGGCACAGCGGCUGGUACGCGUGCCCAUUAUCUAUCACGAGCCAAAUUCAACAAAUUCUAGCAAUACUGGUGGUGGUAUAUCGAUACAAUCGACAACGCAAAGUAACCAAUUACCGGUGCCCAAUGCUGGCUCACACUCGGUUGGUGUAGCUGUUGGUGUUGGUACCUCAUGCGCUCCCUGCACAACAGCACCACCGAUAUUCUACUCACCUCAUCACUCCCAUCAUCAUCACCAUCAUCAUCCACCCCACGUGCAAGCUCACUCCUUACUACCACAUCAGGUACAUCCACAACCACCACCACCUCCACCACCACCACCCAAUUCAGCCCAAUCAGCUCAGUCAUCCCAAUAACCCUUUCCAUCACUCUAUCGUCCUGGCGCAUUGAGUCAGCGUGAGCUUGACGCACGAUACUCGAGAUUUCUCGCUGCUCCAUGAAUCCAUCGAUGAUGAUUGUGGUGAUGAUAAACAAAACCAAUUCCAUUAUGUCGCUAAUUGUGUUAAUAAAGAUUAAUAUUGUAAUUAUAAUAUAAAUAUGAUGAUUUAAGGAAACGGUGGAUUAAUCGCGCGAUAUUCAAUGCACCGCUUAUCAGGAGACAGGAGCAAAUAAAAAAAAACGAUUCGUACUUGCCCGAUUGUCCUAAUAUUAUUGAUAUUGACGAA